CAGGAUGAUUCAUGUUGAUGGUUAUUUGAAGUCAGAGUAUAUCAUAAUUCAUUUAUUUUAGCCAAUAGGGCCAGGAGGAGCCACCUAGACGGCGCUGGUUAGCCGGUGAGCCGGUGAGAAGAUGGCGGGCCCUGAGCCAGUCACCCGGCUCUCCCAGCUCCAGGAGCAGGACGAGGUAGAGCUCAUCUCGGUUAGCUCGGGACCGGAGCUCACCGCCGUGCGCCAGGGCGACGGCAAACACCCACCACAGUACCGACCGGACCAAUAUUUCCGCGAUGGCGUUCGGAAGGUGGACUUUGUUCUGGUCCGAUCGUCGGACCUGCCGCCCUCGCACCACGCACACGACGCGAGACAGGAGAUCUUCGAGUCCAACCUCAGGAAAGAGGGUCUGGAUCUGGAGGAGGACCAGAUUGACGAGAACAGCCCGCUGACGUUCAUCAAAAUCCACACGCCCUGGGAGGUGCUCAGACGCUACGCAGAAAUCCUCAAAAUCCGAAUGCCGAUGAAACUGCCGGCUGGAAUAAGCAAGGAUGAAGCUUUCAUCAAGCAGGUUCCCGUGAUUCGGGAGAUCACAGAUCUGGUGGACACGUUUGAUAACAGCAUGUUCGGGGUGAACCCCAAGAAGUUUCCGCCCAAGAACCAGACCCUGACCGGCGUCUACAGCAGGGACCGCGAGUACCUCUUCGACAUGUCGGCCGGUUUCUUCACGCCGGCGGUGAGAGCCCGCGUGGUCGCCUUCAUCUUACAGAGAAAGUGGUUCGUCGAGCACGACCCCGAACAUGAGACGGUGAUGGACUUUGGCAUCAACAGACUGCUGGCCGACAAGACCUACCUGGCCAGCUAUGCGCCGCACGAGGGCCCUCUGGACUCGAAGGACAACGCGCGCUCCAAGCUCCGCUCCGAGUGGGCCAGCCUGCGCAAGUUUUACAGGCACCAGCCGCUCGACUACGUGCAAGAGUACUUUGGCGUCAAGAUCGCCAUGUACUUCGCCUGGCUGGGCUUCUACACGUACGCGCUGAUCCCUCCGGCCAUCGUGGGCAUCAUCUGCUUCGUCUACGGCUUCGCCACGCUCUGGGACGACAUUCCCAGUAACGACAUCUGCAAGGACACUGAGGUGUGGAUGUGCCCGAUCUGUGACGUGUUCUGCGACUUCUACCGGCUCAACGAGACAUGCGUCUACGCCAAGUUUACCUACAUCGUCGACAAUCCGUCCACCAUCUUCUUUGCAAUAUUCAUGUCGUUUUGGGCGGCGCUGUUCUUGGAGCUGUGGAAGCGUUACUCUGCCGAGAUCACCCACCGCUGGGAUCUCUCCGGGUUUGAUCUCAAAGAGGAACACCCGAGACCGGAGUACCUGAGCAAACUCAAGGACCAGCGUCAGGAGGUGAACAUCGUAACGAAGCAGCUGGAGCCGCACGUCAGUUUCUGGAAGAUGCGCCUACCCAGAAUGCUCAUCAGCGCCUCCAUCAUUUUGCUGCUGAUUGUGGUGGCGAUCGCCAUCAUCGUCGGCGUGGUGCUGUACCGGCUGUCAGUGAUGGCCGCCCUGGGGGCUCUCACCUACUGGAACAGCGGCUACGACCAUAAGGUCUACGUGGAGACGUACGGACCCAUCUUCGUCAACGCCACGGCGGCCACCAUCAACCUGCUGAUCGUGCUGCUGCUCAACCAGGUGUACAACCGCAUCGCCGGCUUCCUAACCGACUUGGAGCUGCCGAGAACGCAGUCCGAAUACGACGACAGCCUCACGCUGAAGAUCUACAUGCUGCAGUUCAUCAACUACUACUCCUCCAUCUUCUACAUCGCCUUCUUCAAGGGAAAGUUCCACGGCUACCCGGGCGACUACAACCGGAUCUUCCGCUACAGACAGGAGGAGUGUGGACCCGGGGGCUGCCUAUGGGAGCUCUCGCUACAGCUGGCUAUUAUCAUGGUUGGCAAACAGGCGCUUCUCACCAUCUGGGAAAACAUCCUACCGAAGCUGUUUUCGUGGCUGAGCGGCCUCAGUAAGCUGCUGUACGACAGUGAGGAAGACAAGAAGGAGCUGCCUCAGUGGGCGGCCGAUUUCACGCUGCUCAGCUGGGGAACCCAGAGCCUGUUUUGGGAGUACCUGGAAAUGGUGAUCCAGUUCGGCCUGGUGACCAUCUUCGUGGCGUCAUUCCCGCUCGCUCCGCUGUUCGCCAUCCUCAACAAUGUGCUGGAGAUGCGGCUGGAUGCGCGCAAGCUGCUUACCUUCUAUCGGAGACCGGUCGGACAGCGAGUCAGGGAUAUCGGCAUCUGGUACCGCAUCCUCAACACUGUCGGACGGCUGGCCGUACUGAGUAAUGCGUGUAUCAUCGGCUUCACGUCAAAUCUGAUCCCGCGCCUGGUGUACCGUCUCACGGUCAGCCGGAACAACACGCUGGACGGCUUCAUCGACAACAGCCUGUCCGUGUUCAACGUGGCCAACUUCAGCUCCGAGUUCCGGCCCAAAGACCAAUCGGCAGAUAUCGAGGUUUGCAGGUACCUGGACUACCGUAACGGACCGGAUGACCCCGAUCCGUACCAGCCUUCGACGCUCUACUGGCACGUGCUGGCCGCGCGACUCAUGUUCGUUCUCGUCUUCCAGAACGUGGUGUACGUGAUAAUGCAGCUGGUGUUUUGGAUCACGCCGGAUAUUCCGCGGAAGCUCAAGGAGCGCAUCCAGCAGGAGAAUUACCUGGUGCAGGAGAUGAUAGUCGAGAUGGAGCUGUUCCGUUCGCGCGGCGAGGACCCCAGCAGCGUGGGAGAGACGCUUCUGCACCGUAUCAUCGGCGACCCCGAGCAAUUGGAGGCGAUGAGCUCACGCCCCGACGGCGUCACCCGAAGAAAUCGCCAGCGCGAUCCCUUCCCGAAGUCCAGUGACCAAAUCAUCGGCUCCGGCAGCCAUCUUCACGCCUGCGUCUAGGGCGACAUCUACCGGUGAUCCGAUAGCAGUGACAUCUGCAGGCCGGCCCGGCAGCGCCACCUAUAACACUACACAGUCAUCGCACAUCCGGUUCUACAGAAAAGCUGUAUACUGGAGUCACUUUAGCGACUCUGUCACAAGCGUCGUUUCAAUAUGGUCUGGGUUCCGCUAUAUCCGAUGCCGCUGCGUUUGAUCUGUUUGGUGUGAGGCUAGCAGGUAUUCGAAUGUCGCGUCUCGCUUGUGAAUGUCACUGACAGGGUGAUUUAGAUCCGGCUGGGGAAAGUUUGAGCCAUUUUCUGGCGAUAUUGGAUGCGCUAGAGCCAUCUUCCUGUCAUGUAAUUGAUCCAGAUCUAUCGGCGCAGCCAACUUGUGGCUAUCGUCUGUUGUAUUGUGUUCGUGGCUCUCGUAUAGUGGUUCUCUCGUAUUGUGUAUGGUGUGAUUGCCAAAGUGCUCUGAACCUCUUCGGACCGAGUUUUUGGCUUUAUACGCGACCUGUGGGUCAUCGCUUGUCUGAUGCGACCGGAUCUACGACAACCCAGGUUCAGACUGGAGAUCGUGUUCAAUGAACCUUAACGACUUACCGCUGCUCAGGUGACUCGUAUAUUUUUUAAGGUAUUUUUCAUAUGCUUAGCCCGAAUUUAUAGUGUUUUGAGAGACUUACUUUGUAUUGUACAAACGCUACAUGACAUUUUGUCUGCUUGCUAUCGCGUACAAAACAACUAGCCCGGUUAGAUAUACUGGAUACGAUGCAUCUUAAUCGUGAAGUUAGUUACUAUUUCAUAUAAAUUUACUGCAGGCUAUGUGCGAAUGUUGCUCGAGUGAUUGCUUUUGUCGUGUCUGUGUUAUUGCUUUUUGGUGUGUCCGUCAGAAAAUCAAAAUACUCUGCUUUCUGUGUCAUGCUGCCUGUGCUUUUCAGUUCAGCUUUCACAAAGUGAUUCUGCUGCAAUAUGUGGUAAUCAUGAGCUACGAGUGUUGACGGAACAGAAAGUGCUUGCCAUGGUAGCUUAUUAGAGCUUUAGAGUCUGCCAAGGCUAUACUAUUUUUGACUGAGCUGUUUGAUUCGGACUUUCAGCUGACAUUGAACAAGAUCGCUCCCUGCUACACACCCAGAGUCAUUGUUGAUAUAUGGACGAAAAUUAUGUCCUAGUACGUAGGUGGCUCAUGUGAGACUUGCAUUUCGUCACUUGAGGUGCUUGUUACUUGCAACUGCUGCUAUGGUGUUGCUGAUGACUAUAGCAGGCGUAUACUUGUGAGCAAGCGCUUGAUGUGAAAAUACGCCUUUCUACGUUUUUUUUUUUUGUAAUUAAGGCGCAGCCUUUCUUUCUCAUGACUUGCUUUCACAUCGUGUCACGCUGGCAUGCAAGUGGGAUACUCUGCCAUUGCCAGCUACGCUGUUUCUCUAGGAGACUAAGGAUUGUAUUGUGCUCAAGAUAUUGUGUUGGUCUUAGUUUUAGCAUGGUUUAGUAUCGACUGUUAUAUAGUAGCAUUUUGUUGCUGCUCCCUCUUUAGAUAAGCAGAUCCUUAUGUUAUUGACCAAAAGCACGCAUUCUUUAACCCUCGCCGGCACAGGGGGGGGGGGGGGGGUUGAUGCAACCCCCCCUAAGGUUUUUCGCGGAUAACUCGCGUAAAAAGCGGCCGAUCGCAACGAAACUUUCAGUACCCUCGCAUUGAUCAAUUUUACACCUACCCUGAAAAUUUCAUGACCCUGACCCCAAUGACCUUUGACCUGUGACCUCUUUUCUGUGACCAUGUUUGGCCGAAAUCGCGGUUCGGCGCAUGUCGGCUCGCAUUAGCCGCGCGUUUGCAAGCUUUUCGUGGUUUCAAACGUUCAAACAUGUGAUUUGAUGUUGCUCCCAUGCAUUAGGGUGGGUGUCAAGGUCACCUGAAGGUCAGGUCAGGUCAUUGACCUUUGGUGACCUCAGGUGACCUCGGUUCACUUUUUUGAGUUUUACAAGUUUCUAGGCUAGUUUCUGGAGCUGAAUUCGAAUUUAGCAACGAUUUGAACAUUUACGAAGUAGUUUUGGUGCCUUCGUAACAUGUUACAAAGCUGUCCGAGGCGGUUGACACGUAUUACGUAUACCCGUCACAACCCCUACCGGUUGACCUGACCUGACCUGACCCGACCUGGUCUAAAUGCUUAAAGACAUCAUCUCUGAUCAAAAUUAACACGAUAUUCGUGAUCAGCACCCCGGAAAACCUCACAGCAGCCACAAUUUACGACUUUCAACAGGUCCCGAUUUUCCCGGUUUUCGGGUCAUUGACCUGACCUGGAAGGUCACCCGAUGACCUAGGACCUUAAAAUUGGGUAUCAUCGGCUUCCUCUCGUGACGGGCAACACGCUCGUUUUUUCCGCGAAGCUCUAGCUCGAUCAGGGGCCAAACGCGAGGGGGGGUCGUACCAACCCCCCCUUGUGCCGUCGAAGGACUCAAAAUGGCCUGUGCCGGCGAGGGUUAAGUAAAGCUCUUCUUGUUUUUCCUCUCUUCACUGCAUGUCCUUGGUUUGCUGUGUCUUUGUGAACCAUUUCGCGCAACUACGCUCGAUUUGCGGCUGUACGCUGACGGAUAUAUGCGACAAUAAGUGGUAUUUACAAUUAUGUAUUGGUAUUAAAAUUAAUGGUAUUUACAGUUAGUACUUAGUGCAGCAGCGUGUGUCCGCCCACCGGUGACCUCAGAUGCGCCUUCCGUACACGGGUCAGCAGCGUGUCGCGCCGAGUUAGCGUGGGUACUCGCCCAGCGGGCCUCUCUCCGCUCCGUCGUGAGGCUGCCGCUAAUGUCGUGCCUAUAUACCUACGCACAACCUGUGCUGUCUUAUUUAGCCUACAGUGUAUAUCGUGGUGUGCGAAAUAUAGAAAUAUACAAACAGCCUGCUAUAA